AUGCCCAAGCGUAAGGCAGUGAAGCAAGCAGAAAGAAAUGAAUCUAGAUUGUCGCCAGCUCCAGAUGAUAUACUCGAAGCAGAAGGAAAAACCAGGGAAGAGAAGGAGGCUGAGAUGCUACCUUUGGCUGCUCGGAGUGCGGGAAGCAAACUUUUCAUAGGGGCACAUGUCAGCAGUGCCGGAGGCGUGCCGAACGCCAUCCAGAACAGCGUUCACAUAGGAGCCAAUGCAUUUGCCUUAUUCUUGAAGUCGCAACGCAAGUGGGCGAAUCCAGACCUUUCAGAAGAACACUGCUCGGGCUUUCACGACAAUUGCAAGAAACAUGGCUACGACCAAGGAAAGCAUGUGGUGCCUCACGGGUCAUAUCUGGUCAAUCUUGCACAUACCGACAAGACUCGCUCAGAUCAGGCAUAUGAAUCACAUCUCGACGAUCUCAAACGUUGCGAGCGACUCGGCAUCAAGCUUUACAAUAUUCAUCCUGGCAACAACCAAUGUGGAGAUCGGGCAGCGGCAAUCGCUCAACUAGCCAAGAAUAUCAACAAGGCACACUCAGAGACUUCCAGCGUCGUGAUAUUGCUGGAGAAUAUGGCGCAUGGUGGCAAUGUGUUGGGCAGUACAUUCGAAGAUAUUCGGGACAUUAUCGCCCUCAUCUCGAACAAGGAGCGAAUCGGUGUUUGCAUCGAUACAUGUCAUGCCUUCGCCGGAGGCUAUGAUCUCCGCACCCCAAACGCAUUCAAGUCUACAUUCGAGCAAUUCGACGAGAUUGUGGGUUCCAAAUACCUCCGUGCAAUGCACAUCAACGACUCCAAAGCACCGUUUGCAUCGCACAGAGAUCUUCACGCCAACAUUGGAACUGGAUUUCUUGGUCUCAGGGCUUUCCAUAAUUUGGUCAACGACGCUCGCUUCGAAGGGCUGCCGCUCGUAUUAGAAACACCGAUCGAAGUUCGCGACGAAAACGGCAAUCUCGUCAAGGAUGAGAAAGGUAAAGAGAAGGAGGACAAGGCUAUCUGGGCUCGAGAAAUCAAGCUUCUCGAAAGUCUGGUUGGCAUGGACACCGACAGCGAAGAGUUCUUGAAGCUUGAGAAGCAACUUGCAAGGCAGGGAGAAGGCGAGAGGAAGAGGUUGAUGGAACAGCAGGAUCGUAAGAAGGAGAAAGAUGAGAAGAGCAAAGGUAAGGAUGCGAAGAAGAAGCGAGAGAAGAAAGGCGGAAAGGGACAACAGCGUCUCAGCUUUGGGAAGAUGAAGGCUGAAAGCGACGGCGCAGAGUUGAGCGAUGUUGGGAGUGAAGCUGAGAGGGAAAGUUGA